AUUUAAUUUCAACGACCAGAAGAAGAAAAUUGAACUUGAACUACAUAAAUUUGACGAAGCACCAAGGAUGAGUACAGUAUUGUUAUAUUUUCUGUUUGUAUGUUUUCUAAAACUAAUUGUGUGAAUAUAUGACAACUAAAUGUAUUUCUAUGUUACUUCCGAGUGCGCACCUGGAGGGGAAAAAAAAGAGAACCAGCCCCGGGUUUCGCUCGGAUAGCCCGCCCGGGGCGCUCUUCUGCCGCCCACGUUAACGAAAACACGCGACACACUGAAGCUGACGUCAUGAAGCUCUGGGAGCUGGUGGCUCCUGUUGUUGCUCAGGGGGGGUGCCACCUUUGGGUCUCUCUCAUCCUGCCCCAAACUACAAUGGCUCAGACAAAUAAGAGGCAGAUCCGCGGCGGACUCUACCGAGUCCCGCGUUUAGGAUGGCCGCUGACGCCGUCAGCAUUCCCAGCCCGGUGGUGCGCCAGAUCGACAAGCAGUUCUUGAUCUGCAGCAUCUGUCUGGAGCGAUAUCACAACCCCAAAGUGCUGCCUUGCCUGCACACUUUCUGUGAAAGGUGCCUGCAAAACUACAUCCCGGCCCACAGCCUGACGCUGUCGUGCCCCGUGUGCCGCCAGACGUCCAUCCUGCCCGAGAAGGGGGUGGUGGCGCUGCAGAACAAUUUCUUCAUCACCAACCUAAUGGACGUCCUGCAGCGCUCGCCGGGCCAUCAUCGCCGGGCGGGCGCCGGCGGGCGCGAGGCGGCGGCCGUCCUCAACGACAUGGCCACCGUGGCGUCGGGGCGCCUGCUCUCCUGCCCUAACCACGGAGGCAACGUGAUGGAGUUCUACUGUCCGCCGUGCGAGACGGCCAUGUGUCGAGAGUGCACGAGCGGCGAACACAGAGAACACGCCACCGUGCCGCUGAAAGACGUCGUGGAGCAACACAAGGCUUCGUUACAGGAGCAGAUGGACGUCGUCAAGAGGAGGUUGCCGGAGAUCGACGGCGCCCUACUGAUGCUUUCGGAGGUCCUGCAACGCCUGACCGGUCGAAAGAGCGCCAUCGAGAAGGACAUCCACGCCGCCUUCGACGAACUGCAGAAGACGCUCAACGUACGCAAGAGUGUCCUGCUCAUGGAGUUAGAAGUCAACUUUGGCCUCAAGCAGAAGGUGCUGCAGGCUCAGCUGGACAACCUGCUGCAGGGACAGGACGGCAUCCGCAGCAGCUGUGACUUCACCGAGCAGGCCCUGAGCCACGGCGGCGAGGCCGAGGUGCUGCUGGUCAAAAAGCAGAUGAGCGAGCGCCUGGCGGAGCUGGCGGCGCAAGAGCUCCCCUUGCGGCCCGGCGAGAACGACCAGUUGGACUGCCGCUUGGAGACGGAGGGCGUGAAGAAGUCCAUCCACAACCUGGGCAGCGUGGUGACCACCAACGCUGUGGCGUCUGAGACGGUGGCCACUGGCGAGGGCUUGCGGCACUGCGUGGCGGGGGUGCCCACCUCCAUCACCGUAACCACCAAGGACAAAGACGGCGGGCUUUGCAAGAUGGGCAACGCCGUCCUGACGGCGGAGAUCUCGGCGGCCGACGGCAGCAAGGGCGACGGCGAGAUCCUGGACAACAAGAACGGCACCUACGAGUAUCUGUUCACUGCUCCAAAAGAGGGCACCUUCACAUUGUCCCUGCGCCUGUACGAGGAGCAUAUCAAAGGCAGCCCUUUCAGGACCAAGGCCAGCAAGUCGGCGGACCCUUCGGCGGCGUCCGACGACGUCAAGAAGAGGCUCAAGUCGCCGAGCGGCAGCGGGCACGUCAAGCAGAGGGCCAUCAAGAGGCCCGCCAGCAUGUACAGCACCGGGCGCAGGAAAGAGAACCCCAUCGAGGACGACCUCAUCUUCAGAAUCGGCACCAAAGGGCGAAACAAAGGCGUGUUCACCAAUUUGCAGGGCGUUUCCACAUCGGUGGGAAAAGUGCUCAUUGCAGACAGCAACAACCAGUGCGUGCAGAUUUUCUCCAACGAGGGCCUGUUCCGGAGUCGCUUCGGGGUGCGGGGCAGGACCCCCGGUCAGCUGCAGCGGCCCACGGGUGUGGCCGUUCACCCCAGCGGCGACAUCAUCAUCGCCGACUAUGACAACAAGUGGGUCAGCAUCUUCUCCAGCGACGGAAAGUUUAAGAACAAGAUCGGCACGGGCAAGCUGAUGGGUCCCAAGGGCGUGUCGGUGGACAGGAACGGUCACGUGAUUGUGGUGGACAACAAGGCCUGCUGCGUCUUCAUUUUCCAGCUCAACGGCAAGAUGGUCACCAAGUUUGGUAACCGCGGCAACGGCGAUAGGCAGUUUGCAGGUGACGGGCCUCACUUUGCUGCCGUCAACAACAACAAUGAAAUCAUCAUCACGGAUUUCCACAACCACUCAGUCAAGGUGUUCAACACGGAGGGGGAGUUCCUGUUAAAGUUCGGCUCCAACGGCGAAGGCAACGGUCAGUUCAACGCCCCCACAGGGGUGGCCGUGGACGUCAACGGGAACAUCAUCGUGGCGGACUGGGGCAACAGCAGGAUCCAGGUGUUCGACGGCAGCGGUUCCUUCCUGUCCUACGUCAACACGUCGGCCGACCCGCUGUACGGCCCUCAGGGUCUGGCGCUCACUUCGGAUGGACACGUGGUGGUGGCCGACUCGGGAAACCACUGCUUCAAAGUCUAUCGCUACUUGCAGUAGCACCCACAUGCGCUCCCCACAAUAAACUAUGACACACACGCGCACAGUAGUGUGUGUGCACUCACGUAAGGAGCGGAUUUGAACUCGUCCACCGUCACCUGUGCCACUGGGACUGCCUGUUCUUUUUUUUUGGAGGUAUUUUUUUAUUGUUGUUUUUUGUGCUUUUAGGAGUCACUUAAAACCAACGUACACAUUCCAUUGGAGAAUUUUGCCUGAUGACUUAAAAAGUAUUGUACCAAGGAGUAUUAAUGCUAUGAUGAAAAGGGGGAAAUAAAGGGUAAAACCAGGAAAAAAAUUGCUACAAUGCAAAGAAAAAAAACGAUACAAAAGAGGUUAAAAAAAUAUAUAAUCAUCCCAAUUUUUUUUUUCUCUCAAGAUGACUUUAUUAUUAUAUUCAUAUUAUGACUGUUCUCGAAAAAAAUCGGACUUUUUCUUGAAACAUUACGAUUUUAGUCACGUGACAUUAAAACUUUUAUUGUCAAAAAUGAACAAUUAUAAAAUAAUCCUUAAAAUCAUACAACUUUAUUCGGGUCACAUUUAAUCAUUUUUACUCCUCAAUUUUCCUCGGAAAUUGUGAUUUUUCUUACGUAAAUCAUUUUUUUUCUUUCUUUAUUCUCAUGCCAUUUUCCUUGUAAUUUACUAAUUUACUCUUGUGAAUAUUUUGACUCCCCCCCCCACCCCCCUCUUGUCAAACUACAACUUUAUUCUUAUUGUACAUUUUUUUU